CCACAAAAAACUCUGUUCAUAUCUAUAAGAGCUGCAAUUAUUUUGUUUAUUGUUGGCAGCAUUGUACAAUUUGCACUUAGCCUUUAGUCAUCAAAAUGUAUUGAUGGAAAAUUAUUGAGGUUUCAAACUCAAAGGUCUACAGAAGAAUGUCAGAAUAAUCCCUUUGCCGACAAAAGAGCCUCCAUUUUCAGCCACAAACAACAUUGUAAAAAAAUUCUUUAGCCUUUCAACUUAAGCAGAAAUAUUUGCAGAAAAAAGACAAAAUAUUUUUUCUUGUUAAACGGUGUCACGACAAUCAGUUACUGGAACUUUAAAUGUCUCUCUCCUACUGUCUAUCCACAAUUUUUUCCAUCUAAUCUUUAGAGUAUAAAUUGGAAGAAGAUUACAAAUCAGCUUUUAAAUCAGAUGGUUAAAUCUGCAAUCUGGUAACCAUGCAACACUGAAGUUGCGUGGUAACAUUCACAGUACUUCCGUAUUGAAGUGGAAUUAUUUCCUCGGAUUAUUGUGUAUGCACGACAAGUCUCUGAGCUCUGGACCUGAGCCUAAAAAAAGUCUGGCAGAUAGCAAUACCAUAAUCGUGUCUAGAAAAAACCUAUAUAUAUAAAAAAUAAUGCUGCAGCAACAACCUGGUGGACGUUUUCACACCUAGUGGUUUUCUUGAAGCACCUUUUUCAGGAGUCUGAUAUCUUGCAUUUAAAAUUGACAAUAUUUUUUUCUGCUUUGCAAGAGUUUUUCCAAACCGGUCAGGCUUCGAGGAAAUAUCUCUGGUUAAAAAUAUAUAUAUCCUAAUCCCCACCUAUCCAAAAGAAUUAGUCUGAUUUACUGUCAGAGUGAGGGAAAAUUGUUUUGUCUCUUUUUAUACAGUGAAGGUAAACAUUGGGAUUAAACUGUGAGUUUUGGAAGCACAUUCAAAAUGGUUUUACUGAUUAAAUAAUCAAUAGCAUUUUUAUCACAUAUAUAUUAAACUUUGUAAUUUUGAUGUUGGCGAAACUGUCUUGUUUCUGCCUUGUUUUUUUUUUUUUUUUUUUUUUUUUUUUUUUGCAGUGAUUUAGUUAACGGCCUCGUGUUGCUGAUGAACAGCAACAUCAGCAGCCCAGUCAACUUGGGAAACCCAGAAGAACACACCAUAUUGGAGUUCGCCCAACUCAUCAAGAGUCUUGUUGUGAGCCGAAGUCAGAUCCAGUUUCUGUCGGAGGCCCAGGACGAUCCCCAGAGGAGGCGACCUGACAUCCGAAAAGCCAAGAUGAUGCUCGGCUGGGAACCCGUGGUGCCGCUGGAGGAAGGUCUGAAUAAAACUAUUCAGUAUUUCAGCAGAGAACUGGAACACCAGGCCAACAACCAGUACAUCCCCAAACCUAAAGCCGCCCGCAUGAAGAAAGGAAGGCCCAGACACAACUGAGCAGCAGCGGUCUGCUCUGCCAAACACUCCUCCACCAUCAGACAGGAGCUUCUCUCUGAUGUACCCUGCUGAGUAGAGCACUUUUUGGGAACACUGUCCCGUUUUUGGGUCAUGGAGGCGGCUUUUCUCUCUGAGCUCUCUUUAAAAGCGGAUGAUGCCUUGUGGUCAGAGCGGCAGCUGUGAUUUGGAGAGGUCUCCCUCCCCGAAGCUUUCAAAACUGAUGGACCAGCCUGAAUCAAAGAGGCUACCUGCUGGAGCGGAGGAUUGGAAAUCCAGCCUAUGUUUUGGGAGUAUUUUUUUUCGUGGACUUUGUGCUGUUCUUGCUAUAUUUAAUACACCGCCGUGAGAAUCCUGGCGAGCAGCUCGGACCUCGCGGAAACGAACGGCGUUCGUCGGUCUCGUGGCGUUUCGUGUCUGGAGAGGAGCCGUCCGAGUUUGUUUCCCCACUGGACGUCUUGUUGGGUCAGUCUGCCAGACCUGCACCGCACGGCGGGUUGUGGACAAAAUCCUCCAGAGCAACAGUUUACGGCGCCAUAAUUGUUUUUAAAGAUAUCGUGUUUGUGAAAUUUUCAUGUCACGGGUGUGCAGUAUCAUAUCGAUGUGAAGAUGCUAUUUUAAUAAAAUAUUUCCAGUGAUUUGCA